AUGAAUUGGAACAAAGGCGGUCCUGGCGUGAAGCGAGGCUUCGGCUUUGGAGGUUUUUCCCUUGCUGGUGGGAAGAAAGAGGAAACAUCCCUCCAUCAGAAAUCCCACGGGUCAUUCGGGGCAUCAGGAUCUGGCAGUGGUGGCUACGGGAAGAACCAACUGCCAUCGUUCUACAAAAUUGGCACCAAAAGAGGCAAUUUCGAUGAGGAAAAUGCGUACUUUGAGGAUGAUGAGGAGGAGUCUGGCAGCAAUGCGGACCUGCCGUACAUCCCAGCGGAGAACUCGCCAACACGACUGCAAAUGAAAUCUGGCGGCGGCUCAGACAGCGAUGACGAUCCCUUAGAUGCAUUUAUGGCCGAGGUUGAGAACCAAGCAGCAAAAGACAUUAAGAAAAUCGAGGAAAAAGCGGCCAAGGGUAUUCGUGAUGACAUUGAAGAAGAAGAUGAACAAGAGGCCUAUUUCCGCUACAUGGCCGAGAACCCCACUGCCGGCCUGAUGCAGGAGGAGGAGGAAGAGAAUGUAGACUAUGACAGCGAUGGCAAUCCUAUCGCCCCCAUAGCCAAGAAAAUAAUCAUGCCCCUACCACCUAUCGACCACUCAGAGAUUGAUUAUCCACCAUUUGAGAAAAACUUCUACAAUGAGCACGAGGAGCUUAGUACCCUGACAGGAAUGCAGGUGGUAGAACUUCGACAAAAGCUCAACUUGCGUGUGUCUGGCGCUGCACCACCGAAACCAUGUACCAGCUUUGCCCAUUUCAGCUUUGAUGAGCAGUUGAUGCAUCAAAUCCGCAAGUCAGAGUACACACAGCCCACUCCUAUCCAGUGCCAGGGUGUGCCUAUUGCACUGUCAGGCCGCGACAUGAUCGGCAUUGCGAAAACUGGCAGCGGCAAAACAGCAGCAUUUAUCUGGCCUAUGUUGGUGCACAUCAUGGACCAAAAGGAGCUGGAGCCCGGGGAUGGGCCCAUCGGUGUCAUUGUGUGCCCCACUAGGGAGCUCUGUCAGCAGAUUCACGCUGAAUGCAAGCGCUUUGGUAAAGCAUACUCUCUUCGUUCUGUGGCGGUUUACGGAGGAGGCAGCAUGUGGGAGCAGGCCAAAGCUCUGCAGGAAGGCGCAGAGAUUGUGGUGUGCACUCCGGGUCGUCUGAUAGACCACGUCAAAAAGAAGGCCACGUCAUUGCAGAGAGUGUCCUACCUGGUUUUUGAUGAGGCAGACCGAAUGUUUGAUAUGGGCUUUGAGUAUCAAGUUCGAUCUAUCUCUAGUCACGUGCGUCCAGACAGACAGACACUUUUGUUCAGCGCGACUUUCCGGAAGAAGAUCGAGAGGCUGGCCAGGGACAUUCUGAUGGAUCCUAUCCGUGUGGUGCAGGGAGACAUUGGAGAGGCCAACGAGGACGUGACUCAGGUGGUGGAGAUGCUGCCAAGCGGCGCAGACAAGUGGAGCUGGCUCACACGGCGCCUAGUGGAGUUCACGUCCAGCGGUUCAGUGCUGAUCUUUGUCACCAAGAAGGCCAAUUCUGAGGAACUGGCCACCAACCUGAUGCAGGAGGGCUACAGCCUGGGCUUGCUGCAUGGUGACAUGGACCAGAGCGAGAGGAACAAGGUCAUCACUGAUUUCAAGAAGAAGAAUCUGCCCGUUCUGGUGGCCACAGAUGUCGCUGCCCGCGGUUUGGACAUCCCGUCCAUCCGCACGGUGGUCAACUACGACGUGGCACGGGACAUCGACACACAUACACACCGUAUUGGCCGAACGGGUCGUGCCGGCGAAAAGGGUGUGGCCUACACCUUGUUGACCAACAAGGACACCGCCUUCGCUGGAGACCUUGUGCGCAACCUGGAAGGUGCCAAUCAGGGCGUCUCCAAAGAACUAAUGGACUUGGCCAUGCAGAAUCCAUGGUUCAGGAAGUCCAGAUUCAAAGGUGGCAUGGGAAAGAAGCUGAACAUCGGUGGGGGAGGACUAGGUUACAAAGAGAGACCGGGAUUGGGUGCCGACACAUCUGAUCGUAGCAGCACCAGCAGUGUGUUAUCUUCCUUGAGUGGCUACGAGGGUUUCAGCAAACCGAGCAGCGGUGCCAUGGGAGAUCGCAUAUCUGCAAUGAGACAAGCCUUCCAGGCUCAAUACAAGAGUCACUUUGUGGCGGCGUCCGGUAACCCGCCUAAACUCAGCACCAAAUCCAGCAGCUCAUCUGGCUGGACAAGCGCUGGCAGCCUGAGCUCAGUGCCCACAGAGUCGCCCAACGGCGCAGAACGGGCCCAGGCUGUCGCUGCCUCUUUUGCAAUACCUGGCUUCACCAGCGCCGGCUCUCUGAGCACAGUGUCCACCGCACAGAGCAGCGUGCCGACGCCCUCCCGGGAACGCAGCGAUCGGGAACGCAGCGAUCGAAGCGGCCGCCACAGUGACAACCGUAAUGGGGAUGAAAGCAAGAGAGAUAGAGAGGACAGAAAGAGCGAGAGGGACAGAGGAGACGAUAGUUUCGCCGUACCAGAGCCGCCCAAACGUAGAAAGAGCAGGUGGGACAACUAA